AAACAAGAUUCCUCGCAGUUUCCAGUUUACAGAUUUUUAAAGACGUCGAUUCGGAUCUGUCUUCAUCAUGAAAGUUCUUCUUCUUACUCUCCUUCUGGUAGCCACUGCCAACGCCGGUCUCUUCUCUGGUCUGAAAGACACCUUCGAAAAAAUCGGCCAUGACAUCAGUAACACCUUUAAAGGAGUAGUCGGAGGUGUGCAAACAACCGAAAAAGCUUUCUUACCUUACGCUAAAGAUGUGGCUAAAAACCUUCUAAAACAAACAGCUGAAAGUGGUAUUAGUGUUUUGUCCACUGCCGUCACUGAUUUAGCUACCAAUGCUUUCAAGGGACUUUUCCAUCUCGGUCGAGACACCUCCAUCGUUGAAAAAUUGGUAAAUUUCGAACACUCCGUCAAAGAAGCCAUCCACGAGGGUGUCGACCAACUCAUGCCAUUUAUCCACAGUGGAAUCGAGGAAUUCGAGACUUUGGCCAACAAAGUCAGCAGUCUGGACUUCGAUCUCCCAACUCUCGAGAAGGAAAUUGGAAAUAUCCUUAUCGGUCACCAUAUCGUCAGUGGACAAUUCUUGAAGGAUUUAGAAAGCACCGUCAUGUCAAUUGGCCAGGAAUUAUUGGGAGGACACAAGCGAGGUAUCAUGGAAUCUCUGAAAGGAAUCACAGACACUUUGACUGGUACCUUCUCUCCUGCUCUUAAAAAUAUCGGAGACUUCUUCAACAAUGCUGGAGAAGCUUUGAAAACUGUUGCCUCUAACAUCAUUACCUCAGUCAGCCAAAACAUCGGUCAGCUCGCCGGCAAACUUUCUCCACAUAUUGAUGCCUUGAAACAACACGGUGCUAACCUUAUCAAGACCGCCACCGAUUCCCUCUCCGCCAUCAAGGACGCUACAGGAGAUAUUCUUAAUCAAACCGCCCAAAAUGUCGGUGGAACUUUAACUGAUGCCCUCGGUAAAAUCGGAGGCCAGAACUAAAUUCUGAUGGACACUUAGUAUUUUAAUAAAAAAUUUACUAAAAUUUU